CCUCGCCCAAAAAAUCGCUAUCGAAGCUACAUACAGAGACUUCUCGAUCCACGAUCGGGUCGUCUCCUCUACUCUAGAAAGCUUUGGGAGAAAGUCCCCGGACGUUCCUUUUCUAAAAAGGAAAUGCGGAAACGCGCCGCCAUAGAAGCACAGCGGCUUAUGUCUCCCCGUCUGUCCUCUGUUCCGUCGUGAUCUGCCCCGCCUGUCGCUACAUCGCUUGCUUUCUAGGUGCGCAGCCCCGGAUUUCCUGGCCUUGAGACCCCAUGGACGAAGAUAUGAGUCCGCGCUCUUGGUUGGGGGUUCGGUGUCUGCAAUCUUAGGAGUUGGUUGAUGACAGUUGGCCGUGGAUCGGGCGGACGGAGGGCGCUAAGGACGGGUGUAGGCUUCCUGUUGUCGAGAUCGAAAGUUAUGCGAUUGCCUUGCUUCUUCCUUUGGAAGAUGGCUUGGUUACUCGAUGGGGCUCAUUCUUGGUGCGAGGGGGUUCUCUUCAUGAUGAAUAACCAGACAAUCAAACUCUGGGCUUCGUGGGAAGUCAUUCUCUGUCUAGGUUAUUCUGAAUUGGAGGUAAUAUGGGGAUCUGGGGGAUAUUUGUUUUUGACUCUGACGGUAUUCGGAUAAGUUCAGGUGAUGAUAACCAAUAAUUAGAGUCAAGCACUGAGGCGAGUCACUUUGUGAUUAGCUCGUUGAAGACUACCAAUGCCUUACGGUAUCUGAUGAACAUUGUUUUUAUUCUUUACUUUAUUUCUCGGCUCUCUCCAUUAGGUAUAUAGUAUGAUCAUGAUAUUUAGUUGUUUUUCA